AUGCAAGUUCAUGCAGAAAAUUCAAAAAAAGAUGAGAAACUAUACUCUGACAUAGCUUUAUUCUUUCAUAAUAAACAUGGUGGAACAAUAAUUGGAAUUGUUUGGAUACCAAUAAACUUUACACCUAAACCAUGGAAAGCUAGUGCUGAAAUCAAUAGUAUUUUGAUUUUGAAAAUUGAAAAUCCUAAUGGGGAGAAAGGUGAACAAAUUAGUUGCUUUUACUGCGAAGAUGUUUUGACAACAGCUUUAGAAUUUGAAAGACUAGGUGAAGGGUUGGUCACUGGAAUUGAG